CCGUCAAGUUUAUGCCCAAUAAUACGAAGCCCGGGAAAGGUAAAGCCUGAUUCCUCAUUGUGUGGUGUACGCCUUCUGCUACUUUUGGUUAAAAUGGUGCUGUUCCGGAGAGUUUGCUCGAUGUCUUGUGGUAGCCCGAUACAUGUCUUGACUUGUUCUCAUUCGCUGAUCAGAGAUGCACCAUUUAGGAAAGAAAUCCGCUACCGGGGAUGGGAAGGAGGAUGGGGGGACGGACAAAGGGGAUGCUUCGAAUCUAACGCAGAAGCAACGUCGCCGGGCACAGGUCCGGAAAGCUCAGAUCGAACACCGGCAGCGGAAAGAGAACUAUGUGAAACACCUGGAACAAGAUGUAAUCAAUCUUAGAGAGAUGAUUGCCCAAGCGGAAACCGAGUCUGUGCUCGUCAAGUUCGAGAAUGAGGGUAUUAAGAGCGUUCUAAAGAAGGCAAACGUCAAUAUCCCGACGAGUCCUCCGACAGCUCAAAGUCCUCCACCUCCUCAACAAGACGACUUUGAUGAUUUUAUGGACUUUACUUCUUUCCUAGCCGAGCCCCAUCAAAGUGAUUUUGGAUCCUCAAGUAACUCACCUCACGACAUGCUCAUCAACACCACAUUCGACGAAUGGAUUGACUCUACUAUCCUCCAAAUCAGCCCAACCCACAGCCAUAGCUCCUCUGGCACCAAAACUCAAGUCCCAGUCUCCGUACCCGAAACAGAUAUCGCCAAUAUGCCGAAUAGCUACAACUCGACAGACAUUUACAACUUCCCAACUCCGUUCACCAAUCCACAAGUCUCGAAUACUUUACCGCCGACUAUAGCUGGCGUCAAUGCUAAUCAAGCUGCGUUGGCGAACCUUAACUUGGACUUGAAACCUUUACCGCAAUUACCAGGCCCGGGUCAAGCUUCCAGUUCUCAGGUUACAUCAAAGCCUAGUCGGGUGGAUGUCUCGACUAUUGCUAUAAAUUUUAUACUGGCCCUCGAACACCCCUGCCGCACACACUUCCACCCCGCCCCCCCAGUCUUCAACCCGACCGCUCCCCCCGGCGGCCACGAACUAAUGGCCUCCACCCUCCUCUACGCCACCGCUCCUUCUACCAUCUAUUCCCCCGACAGCCUCUCCCCCACCGAAUCCGCGACCUGGACGGCCCCGUCCCUCGAACUAAAACAGCUCUUCGAGAUGAGUAAAUCGCUCCCCAAAGGCGAUUGGGAGAUAACGCCUGUGCAAGCGUGGUUUUUGCUCGUCGAGCGGUAUGGCGUGAGAAGUCUGGUGAGGGAGGAAGGAGUGUUGGAUCGGUUGAAGAGGGGGUUGGGGCGGUUGGUGGAUUGUUUUUAUUUUGGGGCUGUGAUGGAUAGGGGCCGGUUUUGGGAGUUUGUGGAGGGGGAGUUGGGGCCUGCGAGGGGGAAGGAGGGGAAGGGGAAGGAGAGGGCUUGAGGAGGGGUGGCACGUAAUUGGUAUCUUGGAAUGUUUGGAGUCGUGGAUCUUGAGGAGUCCUGGGUGGGAAAAUGUUGGUUGUAGCGUUUCGUGUGAAAUAUUCUGUCAAAGCGAGUAAAAAUGGGAUUGAAUGUGUAAAUCGAAUUGGGGACUUUUCCUGGCUAAAUUCUCUGAUGUCAGGAGGGACAAUGGAUUAUUUUCCCGCCUUAGA